CACACUCCACUCUUCCUGGUUUCGUCAAGUGGAUGUCACAGCGUCUGCCAACAAGCUUUAAAGUUGUCCUGCUCCGGGGACGAGGAUGAGCCCUCCCACAGAGAAGCCAGGGCAUCCCGGACAAAUCAACAUAACAGCCACAAGUAGCACGAUAACGAUAAACGGAUAAAGUGUUUAGAAGAAGUGAAGAGGCGACUGAAGAGUGCUAGCUGUUAGCCACCUAGCAGCUAAUACGCGGCUGCGGGUUACUUUUAGCAUCGAGUUGGGUCUGCAAGCGUGAUCGGCUGACUUUGCAAUCCAAAAGUUAUAUUUUUCAAGAAGACAACAUGGAUAAAGUGCAAAUGAGGCAUAAUCCUCGCAGACAGUUGAAGAAGCUGAGUGAGGAAAGUCUGACCAAACCGCCGGAGCAAGUGUUUGAUGUCCUGGAGAAACUUGGAGAGGGGUCCUAUGGCUGUGUGCACAAAGCCCAUUAUAAAGAAACGGGAGAGAUCGUGGCCAUCAAACAAGUUCCUGUGGAGUCGGAUCUUCAGGAAAUCAUCAAGGAGAUCUCAAUCAUGCAACAGUGCAACAGUCCACAUGUGGUACGGUACUACGGCAGCUACUUCAAGAACCGAGAGUUGUGGAUCGUCAUGGAGUACUGUGGAGCGGGAUCAGUGUCUGACAUCAUCCGAAUACGCAACAAGACGUUGACUGAGGAAGAGAUCGCCACCAUCUUGCAGUCCACUCUGAAGGGCCUGGAGUACCUGCACUUCAUGAGGAAGAUCCACAGAGACAUCAAAGCAGGAAACAUUCUCCUCAACACGGAGGGACAGGCCAAACUCGCUGACUUUGGGGUUGCUGGUCAACUCACUGACACAAUGGCGAAGAGAAACACAGUGAUCGGCACACCGUUCUGGAUGGCUCCCGAGGUCAUUCAGGAGAUCGGGUACAACUGUGUGGCUGACAUCUGGUCCUUGGGCAUCACCGCGAUCGAGAUGGCAGAAGGCAAACCUCCAUAUGCAGACAUACACCCUAUGAGAGCCAUCUUUAUGAUCCCUACAAGCCCAUCUCCGACGUUCAGGAACCCAGAUCUCUGGUCCGAGUCAUUCCAGGACUUUUUGAAACAAUGUUUGGUGAAAAACCCACAGAACAGAGCCACAGCCACACAGCUGUUACAGCAUCCAUUCAUAAAGUCGGCCAAACCCAGCUCGAUACUGAGAGCCUUGAUCACAGACGCCAUGGAGAUCAAACUCAAGAGACAAGAGGAGGCGGAGCAGAGGGAGCAGGACGCAGACGACGAUGACAACUCGGAUGAAGAUGAAGUGGACCAGGGCACCAUGGUUCGAGCCGGGACUGGAGAUACAGGAACUAUCAUAUCCACAGGCUCUCAGAGUGGAACUAUGAUCGAACACGACGACACUGGAACAAUGCUGGGGACUAUGGUCAUCAACUCAGAAGAACACGAGGAGGAGGAAGGAGGCACCAUGAAAAGGAGAGAUGAGACCAUGCAGCCUGCUAAGCCCUCCUUCCUCGAGUACUUUGAACAGAAGGAAAAAGAGGCCAAUAUCCACAAUGAGGCCGGAGAGAACAACGCAGACCACCGCAAACUGCCCACAGAGGGAAACCUGGAAGUGCUUAACACAUGGACCGUGGAGGAACUGCGGAUGCGCCUGGCCUCUCUGGACCCUCAGAUGGAGCAGGAGAUUGAGGAGAUCCACCAGCGCUACCAGGCCAAGAGACAGCCCAUCCUGGACGCCAUCGAGGCCAAAAAACGCAGACAGCAAAACUUCUGAUCUCCGAGUUCACUCAAUGCAAACUUGUAUCACGUUUAGAGAAAUGUUAGUGGAAUAGAGCCACAGAAAGGAGAAGUGACUGAAGCUUUGUUCCAGACAAUGGCUCAGGUUUGGACGGAGGAAAUUAAAAAGAUUUGUGAAUGUUGAACAAUAACAAGAUUCCAAAGAACGGUUUGGAUUCUGUCCAUCACUGUAUUCUGCGAACGGACUGGGGCGUUUUGCAUUCUUGGAUGUUUCAUGUUUUAAGUGUUAUUGUAGCAGACUUUUUUGUGACCAGUUUUUAAGUCACCCUUUUUUGUUUUUGUUUCAUGGUACUGCAUUUGUGAAAUCUUAAGUAAGAGUUUCUAGUUUUAACUGGGGACUACUUGGUUAAAUUGUUAAGAUUGUUUAAAAGCACAGAAAGUGACAUUAGUGU